AUGGAGGCCUUCACGGCCGUCGCCGUAUGGGCCAUGACCUCGGCCUGUCGCAGCGUGCCCGUCGCGCGCGAUUGGGCCAAUGGUCUGUGCCCGCGGAGUGACGCCGAUCUGCAGGAGCUUGGGGCCAAGCUUUCCAGCACGGCCAAGGUGUACUUCCCUGGCUCGUCUGAGUUCGAGCUCGCAUCCGCACGCUGGUCUACACUGGCCGAACCCAAUGUAACAGUCGUUGUGGUUCCCGGCACCGAGAGCGAUGUCGCCGAGACGGUGAAAUACGCCAACAAGAAAGACCUGCCCUUCCUCGCAUACAAUGGCGCCCACGGAGCCCUCACCUCCCUCGGCCAAAUGACCCACGGGAUUGAGAUCUCCCUGAGUCAACUGAGCAGCGUUGAAGUCGCUGAGGAUGGGAAAACGGCCAAGUUCGGCGGCGGGACCAUCUCCAAGACUGUCACCGAUGAGCUGUGGAAAGUGGACAAGCAAGCAGGCAAUCUUCUCGGACCGGCGCUUGGAGGCGGACACGGCUGGCUUCAGGGACACCGCGGCCUUGUUGCAGACCAGUUCAUCUCCAUGAAUGUUGUUCUUGCCAACGGAACCCUGAUCACUGUUGACGAGAAGUCAGAUCUGUGGUGGGCGAUGAAGGGAGCAGGCCAUAACUUCGGCAUUGUCACCUCUCUUACUACUAAGAUUUUUGAUCUUGAGCACCGCGAUUGGGCUAUCGAGACUAUUACCUUCAGCGGUGAUAAGGUCGAGGCUGUCUACCAGGCCGCCAAUGACUAUCUCUUGAAGAACGGCACGCAGCCUGAGGGUGUCAUCAAUUGGUCCUACUGGAUGAACGACGCGACUGCGGACCCUAACAACCCUGUCAUCGUCUUCUACAUUAUCCAAGAAGGAGUGAAGACCGUGGACUCCAAGUACACCAAGCCCUUCCAUGACAUUGGACCACUAUCCGUGGUGCCUGACAGCGGCACCUACAAGGACCUCGCUACCUGGACCGGCAUUGCCAGCUCCUCCAUCCCAUGCCAGAAGGCCGGCUACUCCAACCCCCGUUUCCCUAUCUACCUCGAAUCGUAUAAUGUCCAGGCUCAAAAGAAGAUCUGGGAUGUCUUCGCCCCGGCUAUCCGCGGAAACUCGGUCUUCAACAAUUCAAUGUUCCAGUUCGAGGGAUACUCUACCCAGGGCGUUCACAACAUUGACAGCCGCUCGAGUGCAUUUGCUUUCCGCAGCGAGAAUCUCCUUGUCGCCCCGCUCAUCAACUACCUGCCUGGCGGCCCAGACCGUGACCGCCAGGCGCGUGCCUUGGGCACCAAGCUUCGCGACAUUCUCCACGAAGCAAGUGGUCGCAAGGACCUGCGCGCGUACGUCAACUACGCCUACGGAGAUGAGACACCAGAGCAGUUGUACGGCAGCGAGCAGUGGCGUCAGAACCGCCUGCGAUCGUUGAAGCAGAAGUAUGACCCAGAGGGCAAGUUCAGCUUCUACGCUCCCAUUCCUUAG